CGUUAUCUCGCUCAGCGCUCUCUCCUGCCCCCUGUAGGCCGGUGUAAUCGAUCGCCGAGCAGUGGAUGCCUGCAGUGGCGUGGCCGCCUCUCGCGCUCGGCGCUCGGCCAGUCGGGUCUGUUUCGUUGUGUGGCGGGCUCCGGGCUGCGUGCUGCUUUGCUGAGGACCACCAUGGCCGAGUCAGCCGAUAAACUGUACCGCGCCGAGUAUGCCAAGAGCGGCCGCGCCUCCUGCAAGAAAUGCUCGGGGAACAUCGCCAAGGAGACCCUGCGGCUGGCCAUCAUGGUGCAGGUACGGAGCGGGGGCCACAGGGGCCACAGGGACUGCAACCAGGGGCCACAGGGACUGCAACCAGGGGGGGGGCACACACUGCAACCAGGGGCACAGACACUGCAACCGGGGCCACAGACACUGCAACUAGGGGCCACAGACACUGCAACCGGGGCCACAGACACUGCAACCAGGGCCACAGACACUGCAACCGGGGGCACAGGCACUGCAACCAGGGGGGCACACACUGCAACCAGGGGCCACAGACACUGCAACGGGGCACAGACACCGCAACCAGGGGCCACAGACACUGCAAAUCAGCCACAGGCACUGCAACCGGGGCACAGGCACUGCAACCAGGGGGGUACAGGCACUGCAACCAGGGGGCACAGGCACUGCAACCAGGGGGGCACAGGCACUGCAACCAGGGCCACAGACACUGCAACGGGGGGCCACAGACACUGCAACCAGGGCCACAGACACUGCAACCAGCCACAGACACUGCAAACCGGGGCCACAGACGCUGCAACCAGGGGGGCCACAGGCACUGCAACCAGGGGGGCCACAGGCACUGCAACCAGGGGGCACAGGCACUGCAACCAGGGGGGCACAGACUGCAACCAGGGGGGGCAUGACACUGCAACGGGGCACAGACACUGCAAACGAAACACAGACACGCAACCAGGGGCCACAGACACUGCAGCCAGAAUACAGACACUGCAGCCAGGGGCCACAGACACUGCAGCCAGGGGCCACAGACACUGCAGCCAGGGGCCAGACACCGCAACGGGCACAGACACUGCAACGGGGCACAGACACCGCAGCAAGGGGCACACACGCAACCAGGGCCACAGACACUGCAACCAGGGGGCACAGACACUGCAACCAGGGGCCACAGACACCGCAGCAGCUACAGCUAGUGCAAGGGGGGGGGGCACAGGGCCCACAGCUAGUGCAAGGGGCACAGGGCCAGCAGCAAGGUAAGGUAGGGGCCACAGGCCUGGAACAGCUACUGCGAGGGGGGCUAGGGGCCACAGCUACUGCGAGGGGGGCUAGGGGCCACAGCUAUUGCAAGGGGUGGGGGGGCCACAGCUAUUGCAAGGGGUGGGGGGCCACAGCUAUUGCAAGAGGUGGGGGGCCACAGCUACUGCAAGGGGGGGGCACAGGGUCAAGGGCCACAGCUAGUGCAAGGAAGGGCUAGGGGCCACAGCUAGUGCAAGGAAGGGCUAGGAGCCACAGCUAGUGCCAGAGUGAUCCCAUGCCUAGCCCCUGUGCCAGUGAUGCCCAAGCGGUGUGAUACCCAUGCCAAUCAGAGUGAUGCCCAUCCACCAACAAUAACUGGUCUCAAGGCAUUGCACUACUCCUGCACAUUUUUCACUAGUUAUCUUUUAUCUCUCCAUACAGCAGGGAGGUUAAUGGCUGGCAUUCUAGCUGGUGCAGAUUUAUUUGCCCAUUACGCUGUAACUUCUGCCUUACUAUAUUUUCUGUAAGUCUCUGUGGACUGUUUUUUUGCAGUUCGAAUGGUAAUGGUUUAAUAUUCAGCAACUUAUUAUUUUGCAUCCAAAAUCCAGAAUGGAGAUUACUUGGGUUUUAUUUACUGGGUGUUUUUCUUUGUUAUUUAAAGAUGAUCACAUUUAUUUUCUGAUAUGAUUUGAUAUUGGCAUUAUAUUACUUUAUAGUGCAGCCAUAGAUCAUAUCUGUUUUAUGUCUUUUGUUGAUAUAAAGCAAAAUAAAUUAAUUUAAAAACCCAGAACAUUUUCAGGUGUUUCGGCCAUGAAUCUAGAACUGUGUGAUUUUAAGAUUUGGUUGACCGGCCCUUUUCUGCCUCUUUCAUUUGUCUCCUGCAUUCCAUCACUCCCUGUAAAGGAUUCAAUUAGUUGGCAUUGUGCUUUUAUCACACAAGAGUUCUUCCACCCCCACGUCCUGCAUAAUUUUAGUCACAUGAUUUUUGUUUUUUUUUACAUCCUUGCUGCCUGUAUAGCAGGAAUGCCCUACACAGCUUUUAUUGAACUACAACUCCCACGAUGCUCUGUGCAUGUUUGUCAUGGUAGUUUGUUUAAUAAAACAAAUUUGACUGUUGCUUCGUUCAGAUUUAAAGUCAAACAAAAUAUCUCUCCCCCAAACACAAACUCAUCCUUUAAAAUGGCUUAUCAAUAAAAAGAAAAAUCCAAGGCUGACUUCCCCAUGCCAAUACAGGAAUAAAUAUACGGUACUUAAUGGGGGGGAAAAAAACUAUAAAGGUCAGAGGCUGCUUAAUUGACAAACUCGAGAGAGGGUCAAUCCUUUUAAAAACGGCAUAUAUUAGUCUGUAUAGCAAAUAUUAAUUUUUAAAGGAACACACCAGCCUGUAAAUGAUCAUGCUUUUUAAUUGAAUAUAUAGAUGAUGCAUUAAAAUACAUUCAUUAUGACGCCCUAUAAAUAUUUGUAUCGUCAUAGGAUGAACCCGUCGUACAGAUUUUUGCUAGGGAUAACAUGAAUUUUAGCUUCGUCACACGAUAUCUGGCUCUGAAUGGGCAAGCAUUAUAAUAGAUCUCUCAUGCCCGGACAUAGUGUGAUCUCCAGGAUAAUUGGUGGUCUGGGGGCUCUGGUCAGUGACCCCUUUCCCCUCCCUCAAUGUAAUGCAGGUGAGGGGGCUAGUAUGCACUUCCAUCCCAUCCCAUGGACCGUGGGAUUGACCCCUGUAUCCAAGGCAUGUGUAGUCGAUCUACCCAUCCCCUCACCCAUAUGUAGAGGGUGACCGAUAAGAAUAAGACUGAUCUCUAUCUGUGAGGAUGUUUCACAGUCUCCCUCCAAUACCGGGAUGGAGAAUGCUCGCACUCUGGUAUAAAAAAAAAAAAACUGCAAUGAUUUCUCAUAUCGUAUGUUUCCCAGUUAUCUGACAUGGUAUGUGGCCAUAAUGGUGUCUCCUCCAAAAAUUCUAACAUGUAAAAAGUUUGUGGCCAAGUGGUAGACCCCAACUGAUCUUUUGAUCUGUCCUGAUUGGUGAGGAGGCCAGAUCACAUUUCACUUCUGCAGUGGCAUCCUGACACUGUGGGGCAAAGUAAUGGGUGGGUAGGUUGUGCUAGGCAAGAUAACAAAGAGAUUGGCAAUUACAGAAAUGGGUGGCUGCGUUAUGCUGUCUGGGCUCUGCUGGUCGAGCAGAAACAACACUGUGUUUAAACAUUGAAAUAGCAAAACGAUGUUUGCGAUGCUCUGUAUUUACCUGUAGGCCCCCGGUUCGUGUCACCAUGGGAGUAUUAAUCCCCCUGUAGUUUACAGAUAUUACAGCUGGGAGUAUAAACUAUGUGUGUAAGUAUGUACCCUGGGUAGAUUAAAUGGGACAGGUAUAUGGCAGAAAUACCGUGAGGAUGAGAUCUGUAAAAUCUAGAAGGUGUGUGUGAAAGUUACAACUGUGACGGUAGCAGUGAAGGGGUUAAUGGUUUCAUACAGGAGAGGAUAUUCUAUUCAAUAAACCAAUAAUCAGUCAGUAUAACACAAUACAGUUAUAAAAGCAGCGGUGCCGUUGGAUUUGUAGUACUCUCCCUGUAAUAGUCUACAAGUCCCAGCACGUCUGCUGACCUCGGUUGACUCCUGGAAGAAUCCUGCGCAGCCAAUCUGAAGCCUGACUCUGCUAAGUGCUGGUACUGCAUGAGAGCUUCUAUUUUGGAGUUAUUCAUUAGGACAGUGAUGCACGUCUUUGACACCCAGAUAAUUCUAAAUGUUGUUUCCCAUAGUGCCCAGCAAGCUUUAAGGUUGGCUCAGCGUGAUGGGGAAAAAUAACUGCCACAAAGAGCCAUCACAGUAUGUGGAGUCUAUUUAUAAUCUCCUUUAUUAUAUGUAGCAAGGAGGGUCUCACGGAGGGUGCAAUCUGUUAAGUAAUAAUUUAAUAAUUAGUAUUUCUGCUGGAAUGGAUGUUGUUUUCCAGAUACUGACUCACACUCUGUACCAUAGACAAAUCCCGCAUUGGCACCAAGUUAAAUUCCACCAAUUCCUGACUCAUACCGCUGUAAUAGAACAGAUAAUCUGUGAACACUAACAGAUCCCUGUUAUUCUGUCAAGGCAAAUAGUGUUAUUGAUCCUCCCAGGAAGGAAAGAUUAAAGGGACACUAUAGUCAACAGAACAACUACAGCUUAUUGUAUUUGUUCUGGUGAGUAGAAUCAUUCCCUUCAGGCAUUUUGCAGUAAACACUGUCUUUUUAGAGAAAAUGCAGUGUUUACAUUACAGACUAGUGAUGCCUCCACUGGUCACUUCUCAGAUGGCUACUAGAAGUGCUUCCUGGGGCAGUGCUGCACAGUGUGACUAACAUUCAGUGUCUCCACCCUCUGCAUAGCCACUGAACUUUCCUCAUAGAGGUGCAUUGAUUCAAAUCAUCUCUAUGAGGAAAUGCUGUUUGGACAGGGCUGUGUUUGGUUUGUACUGGCUCUGCCCAUGAUCUACCUCCUUGACCGUUUCAGCCAAUCCAGUGCUUUCCUAUGCAUUGUGACUGGCUGAGAUCACCACUUCUGAUUAUCUCAGCCAAGCGGGCAGAUCAGGGGCAGAGCCUGCACCAGCAGACUGGAAUAAAGGUAAAAUUGUACUAUAUUUUGGGGGGUAAGGGGAGGGGAAUUGGGGGAGGCUAGAUGGUGGUUUUAAAGGACAACUAUAGUGCCAGGAAAAUAUACUCGUUUUCCUGGCACUAUAGUGCCCUGAGGGUGCCCCCACCCUCAGGGUACCCCUCCCGCCAGGCUGGAUGGAGAGGAAGGGGUUAAACUCGCCUCUUUCUUUCUCUUCGGCUGAAUGCGCAUGCGCGGCAAGAGCUGCACGUGCAUUCAGUCAUUCCAUAGGAAAGCAUUCACAAUGCUUUCCUAUGGACGCUGGCAUCUUCUCACUGUGAAAAUCACAACGAGACAGCCACUAGAGGCUGGAUUAACCCUAUUAUAAACAUAGCAGUUUUUUCCCUAGCUGGACCUGGCACCCAGACCACUUUAUUAAGUGGUCUGGGUGCCUAUAGUGGUCCUUUAACUCUAUAUGGUCAGGAUUACAUGUUUGUGACUCCAUAGUGUUCCUUUAAUACAUGUUAAAAGACAGCUAAGCAAAUCUCUUCCAACAUGGAGACUUAGUGGGACAACCAAAAAAAAACCAAAACACUUUUCAUGGUUGGUUUCUCAUGGGCCUUACAUUUAUGUUGUGUAGAUGCUUUUUUGAAUGCUGGUUUUCUGCAUGGGCAGCAAUAAUCUCUGCAAUAAAUCUGGAUUACUGGAUUAUUGCUGAGCAGAAAGUAGACAUUACGUAGUUCUUAAAAGGGGGGGGUUUGAUGCAUUUUCGUGGGUGCUAUUAAUUCUAAACUGUCUUGUGUUAAUGUGUGAAAGUGGUUAUGUUCAUUGCUACGUGUCACUCGAGAUGCACGCAAUUUGUGUUUAUCAAGUUCAGUGGUGGCCAAGCUUUCCUAAAAGGCUGAGCCUUAUGGGAAGUGUAGAUCAGAAACACCUUUGGUACCGGGGCUAGCAUUCCCUAAUUUAUAUUAACCUCAACCUUUUUUAAUUAAAUAUUUUGUUUCGUGAUAGGAUGUGUAGAUAAUGAACAUUGACAUUGCACCAAAGUCUGUAAGGGCAAGAUAAUGGAUUAAUAGAAUAUAUUGUUUUUCAUAGAAUUAAUCCUCGCCUUCUCAUCCUUCCUUCUAUCUGCAGUCUCCAAUGUUUGAUGGGAAGGUACCACACUGGCAUCAUUAUGCCUGUUUCUGGAAGAGAGCACGGGUAGUAUCCCACGGAGAUAUUGAUGGUUUUACUGAGCUACGAUGGGAAGACCAAGAACAGAUUAAGAAGGCCAUAGAAACAGGGGGAGCAACAGCAGGUAAUUUCUGGUGACCUUGCAGGGUGUGUGCGGGCUACAUUUACUGUUGGCUGUUUCUAUCCUAUUUACAGCAACCUUAAUCAUCAUGAAAGUUGUAGGUUGUAUGUGUUGUUUUUUUUUUGUUUUUUUUUCUCCAGUCCUGCCUACUAUUGCAGAGCUGAUUGUUGAAUGAGCUGUGACAGAUUUGUGACAAGGUGUAUGGACUAUUCCCUGAGCUCAGCAAAGAAAAGCACUUGUUUCUGUUUAACUUUGUUAGUGAGUUUCCCAAAGAUUUAAAACCUCUUGUCGUGUUUCUAAAAAAAGAUCUCCCAUAGUAAUUACUUUGGUGAUGAAGACAUAACCUGAUAUACACAAUUUAAUUGGCAAAGUCCCAUUCUUAUUUUUCUGAAAUGUUAUUUCUACCUUAUCUAUUUGAUUUGGUUUCCUGAAAUUCUCCUUUUAAACCUUUUCACCUAAAAUGUUCACUGAUUACACGUAUCUCCAUCAAUACAAAUACAUCAUUAAACAGCCUUGAGAACACAAAACCUACAUCCCAGGUCAGGACAAUAGCAACACUGCUAUCAGUUAUUCAUUUUGGAGAGGAAGUAAAUUUGGGGAACUUCCUCCCCUUAACCGCAUUCUUUUUUUGUUGUCCUACUAUUCCUGUGGACGUUACCUGAUAUGGGUAAUUUUCUAUUCUUUUAUGACUUACCUAGUACCUGGUUAUCACCUGCCUUAGUGUAAUUCAUCCUCUUGCCCAUAAGAAGCCUCAGUACACUGCAUCUGGUCAAAGGUGGUUUCCGGUUGAAUUCUUCUCUAAAGGGACACUAAUCGUCACCAGAACUAUAGCUUAAUGAAGAAGUUCUAGUGUAUAUAUCCUGCCCCUGCAGGCUUUUUAUUUAAACACUGUAUUUUCAGAGAAAAGGCAGUGUCUGCAUUGCUCCCUAGGGACAUUGAGGAGAUGCUGAUUGGCUGAGGUGGCAUUUGACUCCGCUCCUGACCUGCCUCCUUGGAUGAGAUUGUUAAUUUUGAUGAUUUCAGCCAAGGAGGCAGAUCAAGUGCAGAGCCAGCGCCAGCAGACCAACGCAGCACUGGAAUAAAAGUUUUAUACUUAUUUAGUGGGGGCAGGGGGUAUACAGUGUUUUUUAUUUUUAAACACUAUAUAGGGUCAGGAGUACACAUUGUAUUCCUGGCCCUAUAGUGUCCCUUUAACAAUUUGGGAAAUGUAUACAUUUGCAAAGGGAGCUUACUGCAGGAAUCAAGAGCCAACAUUUAAAGGGAUUCCUAUUUUGAGGAUCAAUUAUUUUUGUGGCUUUUACUCUGUUCAACCCAAAUUGUUUCAUCCUGGGUGAGAUUUUACACUGAGUUGCAUGAAGGUAUCAGGUGGUACCCUUGAGAACGGCUGUAGCUGACUGCCGUAACGUUCGAGGUCAUUUUAUAUCUGCAAGUUGACUUGAAUGGAAGUGUUGCUUUUAUUUUUUAUUUUUUUGUGUGAUGAAUAAGAUUUCUAUGCUGCGUUAUUUGUACUGCUGUGCUGAGUAAUUUGAUUUAAGAUAGGCUUAAUAAAGGAUUUAUUUUAUCAGAUAUUUACUAAUUGAUCUUUUUCUUUUUGUUACAUUGUUUUUAUACAGCCAGCGGCGGCGAUGCCAAAGGAGGAAAAACAGAGAUGACGUUAAUAGAUUUCGCAGCAGAGUAUGCAAAAUCAAACAGAAGCACGUGCAAAGGGUGCAAUGAGAAGAUAGAAAAGGUAACGGAAUCACAAAGUACUGCCUCUGUAAUGCAUGGCGAGGCAAACCUGUAUUCCUAAAACCAGGGUUCUCCUCUGUCCAGUUCAAUGCUCCUCAUAAAGGAGGAUUAGGUAUAAAAGCGCAUGCAUGCUCAGUGCUGCACUUCUCUAAUGAAAUGGAGGACAGCUGUGAGAUCUAAAUUUGACUUGGUUCUCACAGCAGAAAGUGCUUGUAGUGGCUGUCGGGAAGACAGCCACUCUAGGUGUAUUUAACCCUUCAAUGUAAGCUUUGCCGUAUUCACUAAAUGCUUUACAUCGAAGGGUUAAAGCUAAAGGACCACUGCACCCAGGUAAUUGUGUGCGAAGUACAUAGUCUAACUGCAGGGUCUGAGGCUUCCCAUCACUAAUACUGCCUGUCACAGGCAUCAGAUGCAUGGGAAAGCCUCUGAUCACAUUGCUGGCUCGUGGCUGUAGCAUCCAGCGCUAGUCCUGGACUUUCUGGGACUGGUGAUUUUCUCAUGGUGAGACAAUGGUGGAAUGCGUUGGGCAGCCAGGGUUAUAUUGCUGGAAAGCCUCUCUCAUGGGGCAUCCAGCAGUGGCUGGGUCUUGAUGAUAUCGGCAAGGACCAUUUCUGUAGAAGCUUUUAAUAAGGCUUUGUACAGUGUUUGUCCACCAAGAUUAAACCAGCUCUGUCACUAGAUUGCCAAACUAGGAAUCUCUUGCCUAAGUCCCCAGGACUUCUCACUCGACUUGUUCAACAUUUUGUUUAUUUGCGCCAUCAUAGAAAUUCCGUGAUGGCGGCGCGGCAUGGAUGUGAAAUAAUGUGCUUGCUUUGGGGGUCUGGCCACUCUUGGAAUCUGGACUCUUGGAAUCGCGCACGGGUCACCAAUGAGGAUCAGUAACUUGCCGUGGGAUGGAGACAAGUCCAAAAAAACCCAGCCAAUAACAAAAUUGAUUAAGGAGCUUGACUUUGUUGACUUUUAUCAACCUUCAGGUUAUUCAUAAGGGAAAAUAAUCCUACUUUUCCCUAUGUGUAACUUUGAAAAUUUGAAUAAUUAAGAAAGGCCAUGUGAGGGGGAUUUGGGACAGGGGGGCCAGAUGGAUUUAUGUAAUGAACUGUACCUGUCACUAAGGGGUUAAAACUUGACUUUGUAUAUCUCUAGAUUCUCAACACAUAGUUAUUUGGCAGCAUAGUCCUUUAUACUGAAAACUGAUUUAAGGAAAUUACAUUUAACCAGCUAAGCAAACCUAAUGCUUUAAUUUCAGUCUGUAUCAUUGUGCAUUGCUAUAUUUCAUUCUAUGCUGUGCAGGGCCAGGUCAGAAUUUCGAAGAAGAGUUUGGAUGUAGAACGGCCUCAACUUGGUAUGAUUGAUCGUUGGUACCAUUGUGACUGCUUUGUCAGCCGGCGUGACGAACUAGGCUUUCUGUCUAUCUACAACGCCACUCAUCUGAAGGGUUUCAAAACGCUAAAAGACGAAGACAAAGACAUUCUGAAGGACAAACUCCCAGCUUUGAAGAACGAGGGGUAAGUUUGCGCAAAGCUAGUCGUAAUUUGUUUUGUGCAAUUUUUUGGGGUGAGAGUCGAUUUUAUUAUCCAUUUUGGAUUUAUUUUAUUUUUUUUUUAUACUGCCAUGUAGGUGCAUUGCUUUGCUUAAAAAUUGUUGUCGUUGGUUUACGAAUAUAUUUAGUACUUUUCAGCUUGUCCUUGUUGGCACUCAUGAGAGCAAUUAAAGGGCUGAAGCCAUACAUUAUUUUUAGCUGUGAUGAAUAUCUCUAUAAAACGUGCCUCGUGGAUCUAGAGGAGGAUUUGUCGAAUAACUGUUGUCUGUUGGAGAUGUCACUGAAGGUGUACACCCAAACACACACCGGGAAAUCCUGAGCCAUUUCGGCUUUGCUGUGUAUCUGUUCACAUAUAUAGUGAGAUAAAGCACCGCAGUCUUCUCUUGUGCAGAUUCUAAAACAUUUUAAAGCAUUACUUACAGAAGUUACAUGUAAUUUGUCCAGUCUUAGAGAUGUCGCGAAACGUCCGCGAACUUCUCACGAACGGUUCGCCGCGAGCUGUUCGCGGCGAACUCCGGUCAGCUGACACGUCCUGGCCAAUCUCCAGCAGACCCUCCCUCCCACUUUCUGGACAGCAUCCAUGUUGAAGCAAUGUAUGUUGAAACAUGGAUGCUGUCCAGGAAGUAGGAGGGUCUGGGAGGGAGGGUCUGCUGGAGAUUGGCCGGGACGUGUCAGCUGACCGGAGCUCGCCGCGAACAGCUCGCGGACGGUUCGCGACAUCUCUGUCCAGUCUCUGUUUGAUGCCUGUGUGUAAAUAACCAGAUCUCCGGUUAGCAUUGGUAAUGCCACAUUUCACUAAUUUCCUGUUUGCUUCUAAACAUUGUACACCAUUCCACCAGAGCUGACUUGAGAUUGACUUUUACAUUAGAUCUCACAAUGUAUGUAAAAAAAACAAAAAAAAAAACUAGAUACACCAUGUUUAAUGUGCGAAUUCUGCUUUCACUUUUUCUCUUGUCUUUAAUAACUAUUUUAAUCUGCACCAAUAUUUUUCUACCCAUAUACCUAAAUAUGAGCAUUCAUUGAAACGUUCUACGGCUCAGUAGACCUCUCUAAGUAGCCGUUUGUUAGAGCGCUUUACGGUUUGAGUGAUUUAUUUACCAGUCACCAAUCUACAAAUUGGGCUAUGAUCCAGGGAGCUUUAUUUUUUCUUUCAGGUCCUUCUGCAUCUUAAAAAAAUAUUUUAUAGUUGAUUAAUUAUUCACCUAACCUUAAAAGAUCGAUUAAAGCAUAAAUUUGGCCAUGACAAAGGAGAAAUUAUGGCCUAUGGUCUAGGAUAAAUUACAUUUCCAUUAUAAUUCCUUGAUUUCGCUCCAAGGCAAACUGUCAAAAUAAAUCUCUGAUUUGGUUUUUCAUUGCCGUGGUAACACUACUUUCAGGAACAAGGGGAAUCGUUGAAGAAUGUUCAUAGAAUUAGGAAAACGGGUGUGCCUGGAGAAGGAUUUAAAAAAAUUUGUUGAAAUUCUGUUUUGCCGGCAGAGCUUAGUCUGCUUUGUUAAUAAUUUACAUCAAUGUUUUUUACAGUGAUGAUUACACAUUAUAUGUAAGAAAUAAAUAUGGAAUGCUUUAUGGAUUAAAGUUAAAGUGUGUGUUCUGGAUCAAUCUGACGUUGGCUAAUUUCCAGUCCAUUUACUUUAAUUGUGACGUUCUGGAAGCCAAGUUAACAUUACUAUCUGAUGUUGGGGGCUACGUUUAUAAGGUUCACCUAAUGGGAACCACCAGAGCCUCAGUCCCAAUGUUUUGUUGGUGUAACAGCAUUAUGCCUGCAUACAAAAAUGGCCUUGAAGGCUUUCCUGAAGGUCUUCAAUUUGUAGGCAUAUAGGAUUGGAUUGAGGGCAGAAUUGGCGUGCGUCAGUACGAUGGCAAUCUGUAGUAUGAUCAGUGGAACAAAGCCGUUUGGGCAGAGGAGUUGAAACCAGUUUAUGAGGUGCAAAGGGGCCCAACAUAGACUGAAAAAGAAGAUGAUUGUAAAAAGAGAGGUGGCCGUUUUCAUUUCUUUCCUGAUGCCCACUGCAUUCUUACCUGCAACACUGCCCAGCUGCCCCCCCUUUGCUAUGGCCGCAAGCUGCUUUCUGACUGCUGAAAAGAUUUUAGCAUAGAUAACAAGCAUGACAAUCAGGGGCAAAAUGAAAAAGACAACCGAGAAGAAGUAGACCACGUAAGUCAUGUCUAUUAUUUGUGUGAAGAGACAGUGGCCAGUCGGGGAAGUGGCUUUGUACCAACCCAUCAAUGGCAGCAGCCCAGAAAGGAAUGAAGUGACCCAUCCUACAACUAUAAUGACAAGUGCGUUACGUGGGGUCAUAAUGCUUUUGUAUCGAAGAGGCUGUAGAAUGGCAAUGUAACGAUCCAUAGCAAUAGCCAGGAGGCUGAAGGUUGAACUCAUUGUAAGCAUAAUUAGGACAGACAGCAUCAGCAAACAGAGUCUCAGUUGAUGUUGUGGAAUCCCUAUGCUUGUUAGAAUGGCACAGGGGAUGGCGAAUGCUCCCACGCAUGUGUCUGCUACUGACAGAGAUAUUAAGAAAUAAUUAGUUACCGUCCAGAGCUUGCGGUCCUGGAUGACCGCAACACAUACCAAGAGGUUUCCCACUGCAGCUAUAGCGGCAAUUGCAAUCUCUGCUGCUGUGUACGGUACAUCCAUGGGAAAAUAAAGUGCAGGUGGAUCUUGGCCGCCACUUGCGUUGGCGACUAACUGUUCACUGAUGUUCAUCUGGCUUGAAGGUGACUUGUUUUCUUGGAGUGCUUCAGAUACCUGUGUUACACUUUCAGAGAAACCGCAAUCAGUUACAUCAUUUAAUGAAAAAUGUAAAGUUAAUUUCUUUAUUGGUGCUAAAACAGAAUGGUGUCUGUGUUUGCAUAAAGGAGCUGCGUUAAUGCAAAAUAUUAUCAUUUAACUGCCAAGCACUUUUUGAUUGAAAAAAAAUAUUAGCAUAGCAUUUAUUUGAAGCAAGGGAUGUGAUAAGUAGCGAAUAAAUCUAUAACACAGCAAUUUUGUGUUUAUAUUGCUUUGCAGAAAAACUUAAUUUACAUAAUUGUAAUUUUUAGUUUAUUCUUUCAUCCUUUUAUAAAAAUAUUUGGGAAAUGAAAAAUGUAAGACCGUAUACAGCAUCCUUUUUUUUCCGCAAUAUUUCUCACAGAGUGUGAAAUGCAGAUAUGCUAUUUUUCUCACAUACAGUAGAUGAUAAAAUAUAUUAAAGGAUCACUAUAGUUUCAGGAAAACAAACUCGUUUUCCUGGCACUAUAUAAUCCUUGGGGGACCCCCACCCUCAGGGUCCCUCUCCCGCUCGGUUAAAGGGGUUAAAACCCCUUCAGCCACUUACCUUUUAUCCAGCUCCGGGCUCCCUCGGCGCUGGUGACCUCUCCUGCCACUCCGACGUCAGCUCCCGAGUGGAGUGGAAUGCGCAUGCUCAGCAAGAGCCACUCGCACAUUCUAAAAGUCCAUAGGAAGGCAUUUCUCAAUGCUUUCCUAUGGACGUUCUGCACGCUGGAUGCAAAUUUCGCAUCCAGUGUCGCAGAAGUGCCUCUAGCAGCUGUCAGGAACACAGCCACUAGAGGUUGGAUUAACCCUGCUAUGUAAACGUAGCACUUUCUCUGAAACUAUGUUUACAUGUGAAGGACAUUGGACCCAGACCACUUCAUUGAGCUGAAGUGGUCUGGGUGACUAUAGUGUCCCUUUAAUAACAAUGGUCAAAUAGUUCGCUUAUAGUUAUUUGUAAGAACCCUGAAAGCAUACUAGCGGUACAGCUUGCUAAAAAUGGUAACCUCUAAACAGAAUCUCUGCGUUUGAGCAUAAUCUCGACAUAUAGUAAAUAGGGUUAAAUCAUAUAUUUCUAAAAUAAAGGUAUUUAAAACUGCUAUUGUAAUCUUUAUCAAUUCCCCACCCCCUAGUGUGACUGUAUGAUAUGGCCUAUUGAAACUUCCUGUACUGUUUUGAAAGCAGUGGGUGAGAUGACAUUUUCAGCAAACUUACAGGCAUUAUAUCUGUGAAUAGUGGCUGAUAAAUGUGUUCCACUUCGGGUUGGAAAUCAUCCGAUCGAGAGUAUAAAUGAUGUUGGGUGAGGCUUUAUGAACUAGAUUUCAAACUGCAAAAUACAUGAAAAUAAAAACCUAUCUUUAUACUCAAUCUAGGUAUUAAAGAGGUUAAUAGUUAGUUGUCCUAGGGAAAAUCUUGUAACACUUUGUAGAAAUCAUCUUGACACAUCAAUGCAUUCUGCUGGCUACGGGUUUCUUUAAGAAAAUACAGUUUCCUGUACAGAGGAAGGGACUUCUUAACAUUUAAUGUAAGGUUUGUUGUUGGUACAAUUUCAGGUCAAUACUCUCUAUAAGACAAUACAUUCAUGUCAAUAAUCAAUUACACAAGGAAAAAUGAGGCUUGGAAUUAUGCCUUCUGCAUUAGGUGUCCAAAUAUUUAUUUUUCAGAUUUUUUUUUUUUUUUUUUUUAAUAAGCGGUGACUACUGAGCUCUGUCUCUAAGUAAAAAAGAGUACAGCACAACCUAUUGAGGGGAUGGCAUGGUGCUGCAUCCAGUUCAGGAAAUACAAAGGUUCUGGGCUAUGAGUUACGCUUUAAAAAGUAGUUAAAUCUGCUUCUGCCGUAUUCCAGUAAACUCUUUAAUAUAGUUUUUAAAGGUCUGAGGGAUCGAGACUCUGUGACUUCCAGAGAUGUCACAGGUUCCCCCGCUAAGGCUGCUGAAGUAACACGUAAUAUUAAACUGCCCUUGGAUUUACUGACAGUCUGUUACAAAAUCUCUGCGAGACCACAGAAUCUGUCUGCAUUAUCAGUGUGAAGGACUCCUUAUAUGGGCUCUUUGUGUGGCUCCUCCGCAUUGAGACAGGCAUUCUGCUUCCUGUAAGAUUCUGCCCCUCUUACUCUGGGCAAGGGAAGGGAGCUAAGGCGUAAUCCCAUCAGCCUUGCCCUCGCAAACACCCACACAGUCCGGAUUUACCAUCUUCAUGCAACACCUCACCCUCUGUGGGUGACAAUGAGCAAACUGGCCAAAAAAACAGCGCUUCUAUCCUCUUCUCUGCAACACCCCAGGGUGACGAAGUGUUUGCACUGAAUAUAGUCUUAAAAAAUGCAAUACAAAUAUAUCAAUCCGGCUGCUGGUGGUACUCCCUAGGCAUCUCUUUGUUUUCCAAUCACAUUGAAAACCACAGAACUGAUAAACUCCAGCCAAGCAAUACAAGCGAGUACAAUAAACUUUCAAUAACUUCGGCCCUCUUGUCACUUGUCUCCACAAAUGUUUUGUCACAAGCUGCGGCGAUGCACAUAUCAUGGAGCACUGUCUGGCUGUGUUUGCCCACCAUACAAGUAUUUUUUUUUUUAUGCCCUCCGUGUGAUGUGUAAAUAGAUAGAUGAUCAUAUCCACAGUGAGUCUUAAAAAUUGCCGCAGCUUUAAUAUACUGAAAGAUGGGUAGGUUGUUAUGGUGUUUGGUAGGUGCCUUUAAUUUUGUACUUCCCCAUUUAGAAGAUAUUUGUAUACGUCAUUGCCUAACACACUCCUGCAAUCACAUAUUACAAUUUUACUUAUCCAAAGAAUUUAUUUCUCACCAGUAUCCCCGUCCCCUAUUCCCAUUAAAAUAAUUAUUAAAUUUCUGUCUCUUCCUAUUUGCGCGCUCUCUCUUCUGGACUAUAGGACGUCCUCUCCUUGUCAGGACUAACAUUUUGACCAGUCCCUUCCUAUACUUGGUGUACUACAUUCAUUGUACUGUAUUGUCGAUGUUUGUUUGUGUAGAACCUUUAAAACCUAAUGAAUACAGUAAGAAGAAAACGUAUUUAUCUUGUAAAACUUGUAUGCCGUUAUUGCCUUGUGUACAGCAUAGUAUACUGUUUUAGUCGUAGUUCUGUGGAAAUUGGAGCUCGUAUGUGUGUGUUUGUAAGUUUUCCCUCAUUAUAAAAUAAAGUAUCAGCCCCUGCAACAGACCUAUAGGUCCACAAAAUGCUGCAAACACUGCAAACCUCAUUACAGACAGACAUCGCGAGACAUACGAAGAGAUAUAUACAAACACUGGGGGACAGAACUGCCCAUCUCGAAGAUAAAACAGAAGAAAUUAUAUCGGCACAUAAUACUCUCGCUGAUGCAUAUGCUGAGAUGAACGCAAAACUGGACUGCCUUGCUGACAAAGUGACAGACCACGAGGACAGAGACAGGCGCAGCAACAUUCGCCUUCGUGGAAUAGCGGAAGAUAUUCUUCUCUCAGACCUUCAAGCAUACGCAGAACACCUUACAGGCCAUUAACAUAACUGAACCGCUUCUUGACAUACACACUGGGUUGUUCCUUAGAUACCCUCGACUAACACCGAUGUCCACAAAACGUGUAAUGGUGAACUUUGUAAGGAAUGUUACAUCGCUACCACUGCUUCUUUACAAACCUACCAGACCGAUCUCUGCUAUGCCAAACGGAAAUCGCAUGGAUUUUACUUUAUACCCAAUAUUUUUAGUACCUCUCUCUACCUUCUCAGCUGUACUUGCCAACAAUAUAUUUUGAUAUUUCCAUUGUUUUGUUUCCCCUCUCUUUUCUAAAGUUUGCUCUUGCCUGGUACACUGAUAGCAUUCAGUUAGUGCCAUACUUACUCUCCCUUUCCCGGCUUAAUACAGUUCUGUUCAUUCAUUCUUCACGCAAACCCACGAUGCAGGGAAUAUUUAAAUGAGCAACUGGUAUAUUGGAUUGCAAGCUUCUAACCAUUGGUCUCUAACCUCCUAACCUUUUUAUACUAUGAUAGCCCCCCUUGCUUUGGUGUUUGUGCACAGCUGUGAGUAGGUGUUAAGAGUAAAUUUGAUUUAUUACUUCGAUAAUUAGCUACUUAGAGGGAUGAUGCCUACUUGGUUUCCACCUGAGAAAUUCCAGUUAAAUCCUUUUGUAUGUUUGUUGUAGUCCAUCAGGUUUGUUUCCUAAUUAGGAUACUCAGUGCAGCUGGGAUUUAGUUAAUUCAUAACAGAUCAGGUGUAAUGCUGCCCAGUUUUGGCUUUAAUAAUGAGACCCAGGAGUGCUGUGUCCAGAUGCUUUUUGUUUGUUUUGUGUAACAAAUUUUAGAGGCAUCUGGAAAUAGAUUUGCAUCCUGGAGAACGUGACUGUGUGUAAAAUAUUGUUUAUGUCUUCUAAUUAGUAUUUGUUUAGUUUUGUUUUUUCCUUUGACGAUACAGCAAUAUUAACGAAUAUAUAAUUACAUUUAAUUUUUACAUUUAGAAUUGUAAUCGCCUUGCAUGUCACUGGUUCUGAUUUUAGGUCGGAAAGUAUUAAUUAUAAAAAAAUAAGCCCACAGUGAAUUCCUUUAAAACUUUAAACUUCUAUUUAACUUUUUGUUAUCUUAGGAAAAGAAAAGGUGAUGAGAUUGAUGGCUCUGGAGUAUCCAAAAAGAAGAUAAAGAAAGAAGAGGCCAAGCUUGAGAAGUUGCUAAAGGUAAAUAUGUUCCGUUCAUAUUACAUCACUUUCCAUUUCACAAGCACGGUUCUAGGUUACACUUUCACUUUAAAUAAAGACCUGGAUCCUAAGUAACAUUCUUGCUCUGUGUUUUUAGACAGAAGGGUUAUAAACUAAAACUGUUCGAGAACAUUAUUUGACAAUCAGCCACCAACAGGAAAAAAAGUAGUUUAGUGAGAGUUUAACAACACUUUAUAGUACAGUUUGUAAAACAAAAUGAAAAAUCAAAUGUCGUCAUCCUGUUAUUUAAAAGUAUAUUUUAAAAUAUUAUUUUGUAAAGCACACAUUGUGGUUAGAGAUGUCCGCAAACUUCUCGCGAACGGUUCGCGGCGAACUCCGGUCAGCUGACACAUCCCGGCCAAUCUCCAGCAGACCCUCCUACUUCCUGGACAGCAUCCAUGUUGAAGGCAACUUCAACAUGGAUGCUGUCCAGGAGGUGGGAGGGUCUGCCGGAGAUUGGCAGGGAUGUGUCAGCUGACCGGAGUUCGCCACGAACCGUUCGCGAGAAGUUUGCGGACGGUUCGCUACAUCUCUAAUUGUGGUUUGAAAUGUUCCUUGAAUCAUUCUUUUUUUGUGGGUCUAACCGUUCUAUAUUCUUUGUACUAAAGGAGCAAACGGAGCUUGUCUGGGGAAUUAAAGAUGAAUUGAAGAAGGUCUGUAGUACUAACGACCUAAAGGAACUUCUUAUAGCCAACAAGCAGCAGGUCCCAUCAGGAGAGACGAAUGUAAGUGGUUAUUGUUCCCUUUCCAUGUAUUACUGGAGAUUCAAUAAGUGAAUAUACAAAUCUAAACAUCCUACUGCUACAGAGAAAAUAUCUGCAAAAAAGAGAUUUUAUUUUGGUGCGAUGAAAGGAAAGCAUGUAAUUCAUUGGUCCUUAGAGGGUUAAUUUUUUUUAAUAUUAGAUUAUAAUUUUCACUUUUUCUUGAAAAGCAGUGCUUUGUAACUUGGCUUAGAAUCCAUUGCAACUUUGAAAUGUCCAGUGAUUUCCUGAAAUUUGCUGAUCUGAAAAUACUGUCUGUGUGCAUACAUGCGCGUGUCUUCUCGCUCAGGUGAAGCCACCAGUUACCUGCACCAUACAGCAACAACAUGUUUAUUUCCUCUUACCGUUCCGUAGAUCCUGGACCGGGUUGCAGAUGGAAUGGCUUUUGGAGCGCUGCUGCCGUGUGAGGAGUGCAAUGGACAACUCGUCUUCAAAACAGAUGCCUACUAUUGCACAGGGGACAUCAGUGCCUGGACUAAAUGUGUUGCUAAAACACAGACCCCUAACAGGAAAGACUGGGUGAUACCAAAGGUAGGCACAGUCUCUAUAGCAGAUUUUGAUAUAGUCAUCGCAACUAGUUAUUAGCUUGCUGUUAUAAGCAGACAGAACUGACCAAUUUCUCUUUAAAUGUUUAGGAAUUCCAUGAAGUUCCGUAUCUGAAGAAAUUUAAGUCUAAGAGGCAAGAUAGGGCCUUCCCUCCCCCAGUGGCUCCUAUCCCUGUGAGUGCUCCAGUCUCAGCUAAAUCUGAGCCUGCACCUAUAGAGACUGCCCCAGCAGGUAAGUGCCUUCUCUGCUUUGAAAUUCAAUACACAUACUUUUAAAUAAGUGACACCACCACUUAUUUCUUUGCUUUGCUUCAUUACAGAAUCUAUUACUCCUAUGUAUUGUCUGAAUUAAACCAAAGGAAUGAUUUCAUUGAAUGAAGUUGCUAUUUUGGAAAACAUUUUAUAACCUGUUUUUACCAUACUUCCUCCCCCUUUUAAAGAAUCCUGUUUUUUGUAUCUCUGUCUUGAUUUACAAUCAUAUUAUAAUUAAAACCAAGUUUUUAAAAGAAACACACCACUCUAUAUUUUAGUAACUUUUCUGUAUAGUUACUUUAUUUAUAAAAUGUUUGUGUUAUGCUGUAUGCAGAGGAUAUCACUAGAUGAGAAAUUAGGAGUAGUAACCUAAAUGUGACGCACAACUCGGAUACUGUGAGUGCUGAGUGCUCUAACUUUAUAUAAACACACACAGAGUAAAACCAGAAUGCCAUGGGAAAUGUGCAAGUAACCACAAACUUUACGGUCCUCGAUAAUUUCUGCCUUCCGUGGUGGCAGAGUUAUUUCCCUAGAGAUACUACCAUAGCAGGUUUAAUAACCUCUGUGUUUGGGAAAUAUUAUAUCCAAAGUAUAAUAGACUGAAAAUAAAAAUGCAAAUACAUUAUUAUAAUGAUUGUAAGUAAAAAGCAAAAUGCAUGUUCUAGUAAGUUCAUGUAUUUUCCUCAAAAUUUGGGGGUAGUUUUUAACAAAUAAUUGUGCAUGUUUUUUUAUUAUUUGCAUUUUAUUUUAUUUAGGAAAACCACUGACCAACAUGAAGAUUCUGACUCUUGGAAAACUGUCAAAGAACAAAGAUGAAAACAAGUCACUUAUUGAAGAGAUGGGUGGGAAAGUUACGGGAUCUGCAAACAAGGCAGACCUUUGUGUUAGCACUACAAGUGAGUGCUAAUGGGACAUUCUGUGUUGUUUGAACAUUAAAUAUUGUAGGGGUGCAAUGGAUUUUGUCUUUAGUAUUUGUUGAAUAUUUUUGUUUAGACGCACCUGGAUCAUGGCGUUACAUAUUGUCUUCUAAUAUACUGCUGGGACCUCCUAGUUUUUGGGUGGCCUUUAGACCAGGGAAUCCCAAAAUGGUCCUCAUGCAUCCCUAAUAUCCAGUUCAAUUGUUAGGGCAGUGGUUACACAACAUGUGCCAAAUAAUUUAAGAUUUUUUUUUUUAAUUAUUAUUAUUCUUCUUUGUGCGCCAUCCACAGUUCUGGGUUUUGUGUAUAUAAUAAAUAAUAUAUGUAUAAUAUGUGUUUAUAAUUAUGUAAUUGUAUGCAUAUAUAUAUCUCCAUCUUCUACACUACUAUCCAAGUCUAACAGUUCUCUAGGAAGAGAGAGAGAAACAUACUUGGAUCUCUCUCCCCUGUAAAGCUGUUGCAUCCAUUUAAAGUAUGUUGUGGUCGUUGACUGGCCGAUGUCUACGCACUCUGCCAGAACGGUUUGUGAAGUGCCCCUGCAGUGCUGGAUAAUCAUGCAGCCCUUAUGCACUCCCGGGAGCAGGCAAACGCAUUUCCUAUUGGGGACUUUCACUGUAUCAUUUUAAACCUGACCCUCUUUGCAGUUUUUUUUUUUUUCUGCAGUGUAAUAACUCUCGUUUUAGUGGUUGGUUUGUGACCUGUCUCAUUUUUUUUUUUUUUUCAAACAGAGGAACUGGAGAAAAUGAGUAAGAAGAUGGAGGAAGUGAAGGCAGCCAACAUCAGGGUGGUGAGCGAGGAGUUUCUGAACGAGUUGGGGUCUGGAAAGAGCAUCCAGGACUUGAUGGCCCAGCAUGGGAUAUCGGCAUGGGGAGCAGAGAUUAAACAAGAAGUCACGCAGGAACCUCCACCUAAGCAGAAAUCCAGUGGAGUCGCUGCUGGAAAAAGCACCGGGAAAGUGAAGGAGGAACAGGGUACACAUUGCCAAUGUCUGUCUUAAUGUACCAGUUGGUUAAAGGGACAUAAUGGAAAAUGGGUUAUUAUUGGUCGCAUUGCAUAUUAUACUUAUUCAUGCAAAAUAGUUUUUGUGUUAGAUUAUCACCCUGUUAUACUUGCCUCCUAUACUUCUAAAGAUAUAUGUGCUUUCUGUUUUGGAAAAAAUUACAGUUCGGUAUAAGCGUUACUUCUGCAGAGCUUUUACUGAUAGAUCAACGACUAAGUAGAUCUUGGUUAAAGAGCCCUUUCCCAUAAAGAGAUAAUCUACAUGUGAAAAUAAAUAUACUUAUUUUGAAACUUUUAAAAAAAAAACAAAAACACUAAGCCUACCUUAACCCCCCAAUUAAAAAUCAUAAUUUUUUAUGAAAGAAUCAUUUUUAUAAAAUACUGACAGACUGUGUUAGAAUUUCACUGAAAGUCCAAUGCAGUCAGAUUUACUAAGACAAAGUAAAGACUACAUUGUCUUAUGCAAUUUUCUUAUGCUUAAUACCUUAAAGGCAGAGUUACCAGCAUUAAGUUUUGCUAAUACCCUCAGCCAUCACUAGUGACAGCUGUGAGUAAAGAAAAUAUGGUAUAUGGUGGCUUCUGCGGUCUUGCAGGAUCUUCCAUAGUCAUCAGUGUUGUACACGUGAGAGCGCUGAUGUGGGCUUCUGAAAGAUGAAACACCAUGUGCUGAAGAGGGUUCCCAGAAUGGACAUGGUUGCAGCUAUGAGGGACAGCUAUAGGACCUAAUUUCCCCUGCAUCCCCAGACCACCACACCAAGAGACUGUCACCAUUGGGUUUUUGUUUUUUUUUCAAAAUAUGCGGAGACUGUAGAAGUUGACAGAACCACUUUAAGAGUUACUCCCAACUGUAAACCAUAGCAUACUCACUUGGCUAAAACUUUGUUUGAAUUCAAUUUCAAUUGGAAAUUUUGAGCCCUGACAGGGUGCAUUCACAGUAAUCGCCAUUCUCCGCCAAUCUGAUGCUUCCAUUAGAGAAUUUUAAAGAGGUCUUGGUGGAGUCCAACUCCAUAGGUCUUAAGGAGGAAGUGCCUCUAGUGGCUUUUAGUGUGACCGCUACUGCUGAUGUAGUCGCAGACCAAUGUAAACUUUGCAAUUUAUUAGAAAUGAAAACGUUUUACAUUGUCUAAGUAACAGAACAGGGUCUAUGCACUAACAGUUAAAACACAUAUAUGGCAGAUUUGAUAACAUUGAUUAAUAGAAUGCUUGCAUUCAAAAAUCUAUUUUAAAGGAAAUAUAAAAAUUAUAGAAAUUGGGAAACAAUGACCCCCAGCUAUCUCUUUAUCAUGUCAAUGUAAUGGACAUGAUAAAGAGAUAGCUGGGGGAUAUUGUUUCCCAAUUUCUAUUAUUUUUAUAUUUCCUUUAAAAUAGAUUUUUGAAUGCAAGCAUUCUAUUAAUCUAUCAAUGUUAUCAAAUCUGCCAUGUGUUUUAACUGUUAGUGUCAUUAAAGUGAGAGUGCCCAAGUCUGUUCAUUAAAGUGAGGGUGCCUAUGUCGCACAGCGCUGUGGAAUAUCUGGUCAUUUAAUAAGAUAUUCACUUAUCUGCCUGUUUUUUUUCUUUUAUUGAAGGAGGCAGCAAGUUGGAGAAAAAGAUGAAAUUAACGGUGAAAGGGGGAGCCGCUAUUGACCCAGAAUCUGGUAAGAAUCAGAAUAUGCCUGGAUUAAACACAGUUUGUGUAUCUAAAUGAAUGCAGUCGAAAAGAUUGUAUAAAUAAGAUGAUCUGAAGUGGUUAUAGUGUUCUUUAAUUUACAUGGAAUGUAUACAUGUAGAAUGUAUCAAUUAGUUUGUAUCAAUGGUAGAUGUGUACAUUUCAAGUACCAACAUUAAAAAAGCCUCCCACCUUGUGCCAAAACUUUUUUUUUUUUUUCCAGUUUGAUGAGCUGUUCCACUGCUAAUGAUGUGAUUUUUCUCACCUCUGUCUCAUUAGCCAAAGUGUUAUCUUAUGUUGGUACUAACACUUUGUGUAAUGAGCGUUCGUCAUUGCUAACUGUCAGCACCUGUCUGUUCAUACCCUCUGGUGUCCUUAAUGUUUCCAAGGGUUCUUAUUAUUUAAAAUUACAUCAUCACGCUUACAUUUGGUCUUUAUAGCUCUACACUAAAUACACUCCUAACCACUUUAAAGUCACUCUAGCAUGAGCCUAUUUUCCUAAUUGACAAAAAAUGGUUUUGAAAAGUUUAAUUGUUAUGUAAUAUUAAGAUUAUUAGAAACAUAGAAUGUGACUGCAGAUAAAAACCAUUCGGCCCAUCUAGUCUGCCCAAUUUUCUAAAUACUUUCAUUAGUCCCUGGCCUUAUCUUAUAGCUAGGAUAGCCUUAUGCCUAUCCCAUGCAUGCUUAAACUCCCUAAACAUCUACCACUUCAACCAUUAACUACCCUCUUAUUGCUCAUGGCAUGAAAUAUAAUAUAUUUCUUUGACAGUCAGUAGGUUGUGGAAGUAUGCGUGAACAUCGCAGAAUAAAUCAAAAGGUUUGUCCAUUUAUAUGCGAGUUACCUUCUCCUAUUUACAUAGUUGCAUAGCUGAAAAGAGACUUGCGUCCAUCAAGUUCAGCCUUCCUCACAUUUGUUUUUUGCUGUUGAUCCAAAAGAAGGCAAAAAACCCAGUUUGAAGCACAAUUUUGCAACAAGCUAGGAAAAAAAUUCCCUCUUGAACCCAGAAUGGCAGUCAGAUUUAUGCGUGGAUCAAGCAGUUAUUACCCUACAUUGAAAGAUUAUAUCCUUGAAUAUUCUGUUUUUGCAAGUAUUUGCAGUAGGGGUGCCCAAAAGGUAGAUCCCCAGAUGUUGUAGAACCCCCAUGAUGCUUUGUAUGUCUUUAGAAUGACGAUCAUCGUGGAAGUUGUAGUUUUAAAACCUCUGUGGAUCUACCUUUUGGGCACCUCUGUUCUACCUGUUCCUGUACUGCUUACACUCCUUUGUAGGAUUUUUAAGGACUGUCCCAUUCCCAUUGAAUUCCCUACCCCUGGCCGUCAGACUCUCCUCUAGCCUCCAGUUCUUUGAGAAGUCGCUGAAUGUGGAAGAAGAAAAACUUACACAUGAAUCCCUCCUCGCCUCUGACAUGCUGUAUUAUUGUUGUGUGUCUUUACCCCUUCCUCCUCGAUUGCAAGCUUGUUUGAGCAGGGCCUUUUCUACCUCUCGUCUUGUAAAUAUUCUAUGUCAUUACUUGUCAAAUAUCCCCAUUCUAUAUUCGUAAAUUGCUGUGGAAUAUGCAGACUCUAUAUUAAUGCUAAUAAUAAUAAUAUAUAUUUAGUGAUCAUUUUAUCACAAUAUAUAGAUCACAUUUCAAUACUAAUAUUAAGAUAUUCUUGCCUCUACUUGUUGAUGUAUGACUGGUACCUUUUAAUGAAGGUAGUGAUCAUUUAUACAAAAUAACAAGGAGUUUGUGUUCGCAGCCAGUUGUUGGCACACAACUCCCUAUCCAAAAGUUUGAGGAUAUAAAGAAAUGCUUAGUACAAAUUUACAUUUAUACCAUUAGCAGUUGUUUAUUAUUGGUUUUUACACACUUGGGGGUGUAACAUACAUAAUCUGUGUCUUUUGUAACAAGCAAGUGUUCUAAUAAUCAGAGAUUGUUCUCGCUGAAAGGUGGAUUUUGUCACUAAUCAAUAAAUGUUGCCCAUUGCAGGACUUGAAAACUCGUGUCAUGUCUUGGAAAAAAAUGGCAAAAUCUUCAGUGCUACCUUGGGUCUGGUUGAUAUAACUAGAGGGACGAAUUCUUACUACAAACUUCAGCUUAUAGAACAUGAUAGAGAUGCGAGGUACGGAUGUUUGACGCUAAUAUUUAUCUUUAGAUACAAUUUUUCAAUGGAAUUAAACCAUUUGCAGAACACCAGACUAGAUUUCUGCGACUAUUAUUUCACCAUUAAAAUUGGGCCUUGCAACAUUUUUGACCUCCUAUUUUAUUCAAACAAAACCUAGUUCAAAGGUUGUUAUUGCCUUCCCUCUGUUAACUGAGGUAUCUUAGAAAUCCUUUAAUUUAUUGAGGGAAAAUUCUGACUUCUAUUGUUUAAACUCACAGAUAUUGGGUGUUCCGCUCCUGGGGACGUGUGGGAACAGUUAUUGGUAGCAACAAACUGGAAGAAAUGUCAUCGAAAGAGGAAGCCAUAGACCAUUUCCUUAAUCUGUACCAAGAAAAAACAGGCAAUGCCUGGCAUUCCACUAACUUCACAAAGUAUCCCAAUAAAUUCUACCCCUUGGAAAUCGACUAUGGGCAGGUAUGUGUGCAUGCUUCAGUACGCCUCAAAAAUAUAUAGCCAUGGGUAAUUAACAGUAUCCGUAUGGGUGAUCCCCCAACAUGUAAAGUACCAGUCAGAAAAGGUAGAAAAGACUGGACGCCCACAUAAAUACGGGUCCAUUUAUUGUUCUCAAAUUAUUUUGUUUGAAAAUGUAUUUUGUUCAGAAAAAAUAAUGCAGUUCAUGCAAGCAGGCAAAGGUUGAGAGAUGACGUAAAAAUGAACCGCAUGAAAGCAUCUGCAGUUACAAAAAAUGUGUUUAGCUUUUUUUAAAAAAGAGAUUGAGAUAAGUGACAUGGCCUGUAUGCAUGAACAUGUCGUCGUGUUUUGUUUUUUUUUUCCCAUUCAUGCUGAUUGGUUGUACUUGCUGGUUAAAACCUCGGUAUAAUUUAAUCCGAUAUUUGACGCUAGUUUGCUAUAACAAAAAUCUUACAAGCUAUUAAGGAUGUGGAAAAGGAAGGCUGCAGUAGUUAAAUAAAAGUCCAUUUCUAUAAGCGAUCACAUGCCCUGUUCCCUUAUUUUUUUACUAUUAAAUAUUUAGGGAGUCUUAUAACAAGGUGUGUCUUGUACAGCGCUCUACACCUCUGUUGGUAAGAUUAAUUUUUCAUUUUGUUGUUUUAUAAUUUGUAGGAGGAAGAGGUGGUGAAAAAGCUUUCUGUAGAUGCUGGCACUAAAUCCAAGCUUCCUCCACCAGUCCAAGACCUCAUCAAGCUGAUAUUUGACUUGGAGAGUAUGAAGAAGGCCAUGGUGGAAUUUGAGGUAUGGUCAUGAGGGUUCCUCUGUGUUCUUAUGAAAGUAUUUCCUUGAGACCAUGUGGGAUCUUUUCUAAAACUACUGCUAGUAUAAAAUAGUGCAAAGUUCUAAAAGGGCAGGCUUCACCGUGGGUAAACCUUUUAAACUGCAAAAAACAUUCUGUUGGCUCUUAUGGUGAUUGUUCCACUCUUAUUUUGCGAUACAGUUAUGAUUCUCCCCUAUUGGAUUAUGGGAAAGAAGUCAUCUACCCUAUACCAAUCUGAAAAAAACACAUCUUCUCUCAUUGAAGGAUCACUAAGCACCCAGACGACUUCAGCUCAAUUAAGUGAUCUGGGCGCCAGGUCCCCCCUAGUUUUAACCCUGCAACUGUAAACAUAGCAGUUUAAGAGAAACUGCUAUGUUUACAUUAAGGGUUAAUCCAGCCUCUAGUGGCUGUCUCCCUGACAGCCACUAGUGGCUGCUUCCUCGAUCCUCACUCGUCUCCUUGACAGCCACUAGAGGCUGCUUCCUCGAUCCUCACUGGACGUCCAUAGGAAAGCAUUGAGUGAUGGCUCUGGCCGUGCAUGCGCAUUUGGAGCUGACGUCGGCAGGGGGAGGAGAGUUCAACAGCGUCGAGGGAGUACUCCGCUGGAUUAAGGUAAGUGGCUGAAGGGCUUUAGCCCCUUCAGCCCAGCGGGAUGGGGGACCUAAUAAUCAUAUAGUGCCAGGAAAACAAGUUUGUUUUCCUGGCACUAUAGGAUCCCUUUAAUAUUAUUAGUAGCAUUGUUUUUUUUGUUUGUUUGUAUUUUUAUUAGCUGUAGUAUAUGCUUUCUUGUUCCGUGCCUAGCUAUUCAUAUUCUUUAUCACGAUGAAACCUACUGAUGUGGUUGUGGUUCCUAGUUAAUCUCAUACUUUGUAUGCUGUAGAUUGAUCUUCAGAAGAUGCCUUUGGGAAAGCUUAGCAAACGUCAGAUCCAGAGCGCCUACUCCAUUCUCAACGAAGUACAGCAGGUGAGUUGAGUACAGAUCAUGCAUCAGACAUCUGUAGAAUUUGACUAAGGCAAACAGCUGACACAAUGUUCCUUAUUUUGCUCUAGGCUGUGUCUGACAAUGCUGGCGAAGCCCGUUUGUUGGAUCUCUCCAACCGUUUCUAUACUCUCAUACCUCAUGAUUUUGGAAUGAAGAAACCCCCAUUGCUAAAUAACUCUGACUACAUCCAGGUGGGUUAUAAAAUCUGUUUUUUGUUAUCAUGUUAAGUUCUCUGUGUUGAGAUCUGGUUUUGCUUUUGUGGAUUUGUUUUAAUUAUAGCUUUGUGGGUUUUAGGCCAAAGUUCAAAUGUUGGAUAAUCUUCUUGACAUUGAAGUGGCUUACAGCCUUCUUAUGGGUGGCACGGACGAUGGCGAGAAAGAUCCAAUCGAUGUGAAGUAUGAAAAGCUCAAGACUGACAUUAAGGUAAAUAAACUCACUACCAUUCUUUGCAUAGAAAAUAAUGUAUCAUCUUUUGCACAGUGAUUGUUGUAGAGGUUUAAUAGUCACUUAUCAUUAAAACUCAUAAUUCUUCCAUGUACGCCUUGUUACUGAAAUACUAACCCUUUACCAUCUUCAUGGUAGAUAACCAUACCACGUUUGUCUCUCUCUUUGGACUUGAGGAUCAGCAUUAUGUUUUGAUCAUCAGUGCAAUGUGUGCAUCUUGCCUCUAUAGGUUGUUGACAAAGAUUCAGAAGAAGCCAAAAUUAUUCAUCAAUAUGUCAAGAACACGCAUGCAGAAACACACAACAAUUACGAACUGGAAAUCCUCGAUGUGAGUUGAUUUUUAUACAAUAUUAAAUCUGUAAGAAUUCUAUUUCUCUUUCUUGUUGGAAAAUGUUGGGUUUGAAGUCCUUUAAGGACUUGAUAGAGAACUAUCGAGAGAGACAGAGAGAGUCUCCUGCAUCCCUACAUUGUAAAGGGAGAGAAGGUUGGGUACUAGUGUUGAUAGAAUAUUAGGGUGGGAUAGGAAUUGUUUUUUAUUUUUCUUUAACCCCUUAAGGACACAUGAUGGAAAUAUUCCGUCAUUAUUCCCUUUUAUUCCAGAAGUUGUGUCCUUAAGGGGUUAAAGGAUUGGGUUUUUGUUUCACAGAGAUUAGAUGUUUCCAAGCACCAAACAUAGAAGAAAACUAUAUGUGAAACUUUAACUCUGUGAAAGGCUUAAAAACAACUUCUAAUGAAAAACUGCUCAACAUUCCUGCUUAAAAAAAAAUACAUCCUAUUAUUCACUAUGUUGCAAAUUGUGUUGCAUUAAAUUCCAAGUUGCAAAAUGGAGUUGAAGAUUUUUUUUAUUUUCUUUAAUCUUUACAUUUUGCAUCUUUCACUUGAACAAACUCCACACUGAAAAAAGUCACAAGUAACAGAUUAGUUUCUUUAUUAGUGUUUCCUCAUAUCAACUGACUUUCUUUUCUUCCCCACUCCCUCUCUCUUCGUUCUGUCAACCAAAAGAUCUUUAAGAUUGAUCGUGAAGGAGAAAGACAGAGGUACAAGCCUUUCAAACAGCUACACAACCGCCAGCUGCUAUGGCACGGUUCCCGCACUACAAACUUUGCUGGUAUUUUGUCUCAGGGUCUACGAAUCGCUCCACCCGAAGCUCCUGUUGUAAGUUCACUUUGCACAGUUUACUCAUUUAUCUUGGGGAUCUGCUGCGGAAUGUAAUGAUUUCCUGUAGUGUUGAUCUGUUACGAGAAACAUGGUUGUUUUAUUGAGCUCGUUGACUAAAUGCUGCUUCUCUCUCACAGACCGGUUACAUGUUUGGUAAAGGUAUCUACUUUGCUGAUAUGGUCUCCAAAAGUGCAAAUUACUGCCAUGCAAUGCCGGGUAACCCUCUUGGCUUAAUUCUUCUGGGAGAAGUGGCUCUAGGAAACAUGUAAGUCAUUCAUUAAGAAAGAGAAACCAUGAAAAUUAUUUCACAAAACUUGCUCAUUUCUAUUGUUGCUUUUCCGUGAAAUCGAUAACACAAUAAAUAUACCAAUGACCCCUAAAAACAUACACAGUUGGACUUCUUGGUUAAGUCCAUUUAAUGGAUCCCGUGGGCCCAAGGUACAUCCUAGAUUCAAAAAGCUAAUGAAAAGAACCGAUACCAGUUUCAUGAUUACCUCAGUCUACCUUGUUUUUUUAUGUUUGUUAUUUGUUAUGUAUGUGUAGAACAUGGUCACAUGACUGGCAUUGAGAUGGACCUAGGGGGGAGUAGUGAAGUACUACCCACCCUUCUAAUACUGGGCCAGGGACCCCCAGUGAUAGAGUAUUUAUUUACCUUUGAUGCUGGUAAUGUUUAGGUCUCACACUAAAAACAAACAGGCACUAAAAUUCCCUGCAAUUAUCUGGGCGAGUGAGAGGGAUCUGCCGUAUCAACACAAAUGUUAGUUUUAUUGCGAAUACUGUUUGGUCUGUUGAUUGUCAUUCUGUAUUUUAUUAGGAUGGCUUUCCUCUUGCAAGUGAUUGGCUAUGGGUAUUUGAGAUAAGUUAAAGGUCUGUUUCAAUUUCCUCAGUCUUGAAAUUUAAAUUUUUUUCUUUCUCAUUAAAGGCACGAACUGGCAAACGCUACCCAUAUUACAAAAUUACCCAAGGGAAAACACAGUGUUAAAGGUAAGUCUGUGCUAUACAGAUAUAGGUGCUUCUUUUUCCUUAAAUGUUCUUGUAGCCUGAAUUUCACACUUCGUGAAGUUGCCUCUGCUUACUGUUUAGUGAGUAUAUUCCUCAAAUGGGCCAUUAUCCUGCUUCUGGAUUCUGCAGAAGGUUUAAACCUACAGCUCUGGAAGGCAGGAGUACGGGUUACCUAUGCAUAUCUUUACAGAUUUUACAGAAAGAGGCACAGAGUUUGGUUUAAGUAAUGAUCAUUUUUGUUUCGAAUACGUUUGAGUAAUGUAUCAAUAAUCUGUUACCUACAGGUAUUGGUGGAACUGCACCAGAUCCGUCUGCUACUGUACAACUUGAUGGCGUUGAUGUUCCUUUGGGAAAAGGCGUUUUUUCGAAGACUGAUGCUAGACUGCUGUAUAACGAGUAUCCUUUCAUGGUUUGCAAUCAGUGGGCGCUCAUAUUUAUUAGAGUAACAUGAACAAGAAGAGUCUCUCUCAGUAGGGUAGAUUUUGUUUUGUUCUUUCACUCGCUAGGUAGAUUUUCUCAUUCUCUCACUCGCUAGGUAGAUUUUCCUGACAUAUGGUGGCAGUACAAUAGGGAUGUACUCUUCCCUCGGGACAAGCAUCUGAAAUAAAUAAUUAACAUAAAAAGUUCCUCCCCAUACCAGGUAUAAGAGACCAAACCAGUUCUUUUUCUUGUUCCAUCAGGAACGGACGGCAUCUGGAAUGAGAUGGUGAGGCACAUGGGUUGCUGCCGGGGGAUCCGGUCUUAUAGCCUCCCGGGUGGAGAGCUGAAUGGUCAUCAAGCAUACUGCAGAAUUAUUGAGCAGGUAUGGUAAGCCUGCUUUAUGCCGAGUGCUGUCAACGGCGAAGCAGGGAGGCGGUCUCUAGUGGCAGCAAAUCAGUGACGUUGGAGACGCAUGCGCACUGCGGUGGAACGCACACCCGGCUGGUUAUGAGUUCCCGCCCCGCUAUGCGCAUGCGCGGUCUGACCUUCCCGAAAUGGCGCCAGAUUUCAAAGGAUCUGCCUAUGUAUGCUGUGCAGAUCUUACUGUCAGCAUGGAUGGUUUAUUUGCUUAUGUAUUACAGAUAGGUCUAGUCCUUCUAAAAAAGCCAGUUCCAAAGCUAACCAUCUCUGUUGUAGUGAAUGCUCUACUUCUUUACCUGAUGGUUUUAAAAGGAAAGUCUGUAAUAUUUGCUCUUCUUUGACGCUAGAAAAAUCCAAGCAACAAGAGAUGAAAUCCUUUUUGUCUUGGUUUCAGGAUAAUCUGGCCCAGACUUUUGAGUCUUUUAAAGAACCUGCUCACACCUGUUUAGUAGCUUUUACAGGAGAAGUCUAAAAGGAAGAGUUCAGAACUAUCUAGUUCAGAACUAUUCUCGGGUGAUUGUUCUUUUUCUUAUUCAGAAUCCUCUAGCGACUCUUCUCAUACUGAGGUUGGUUUUCCUCACGAUGAAUUGAGAAAAUGUAUUAAAGAGGUUAAUGUUAUCCUUUCUGAUGAAACGGUAGACAAAUCCAAGAGUAAAGCACUUCCAGUCCAACAAAAAAAUGCUGGAUUUGAUUUUCAGAGAAUGGAAGAACCUGAGAAAAAGGCUUUUAUCUCCAGACAUUUUAAAAGUAUUGUUAAAAUGGAGGAGGAAGAUAAAUGGGAAGAAUUGCCGGUAGUUGAUGUACAAGUGGCUCAAUUGUCUAAAAAAAAAACAAAAAAAAAAACUACCAUACCUAUUGGGGAAGUUUCUGGUCUGAAAGACUAUGGAUAAGAGGGCUGAAACUUCCAGCAGAAGGGCUUAUCAGGUUGCAGGUUUUCAGGCUAAAGCAGCAUUAGCCGGGGCUUCAGUGGUGAGAGCUCAGAAUCUUUGGCUUAACACUUUGGAAGAUGGCCUGGGUGAUAACCAAGACUGUUCACAGAUGGAGGGAGACCACUACAAAUCCAUGGAUUUUGAAUCUGGUGCAAAAAGGAUACCGAAUAAAAUUCUUGAUGUUCCAAGACCAAGUUUCCUUGUCUCCUCCUACCGGUCGAAGUUAUAAAACCAAGCUCUUUUUUCUGCCACUGUCUCCCUAUUAAGAAAAGGUGUGGUAGAAAGGAUUCCAACUUCCCAAGUAUAUCAGGGUGUAUACUUCCGGUUGUUCCUAGUCCCAAAACCAGACAUGUCUUUUCGUCCAAUCUUGGAUCUAAAAAAACCUGAACAAGCUCAUUCCUUACCAACAUUUCAGAAUGGAGACUAUAGCGUCUGUCACUCAUAUCCUUCGAAAAGGAGAUUUCAUGGCAACUUUGGAUCUAAAGGAUGCCUAUCUGCAUAUUCCUAUGGAUGUGAAAUCAAGAAAAUACCUGAGGAUUGCUAUAAGGAAAGGGAAAAAUGUCCAUCAUUUCCAAUUCAGAGCCCUUCCAUUCAGGCUAGCUUCAGCACACAAGAUUUUUACAAAGGUCCUCACACCUGUCACAGCUUCUUUGGGGAUGCAAGGAAUCAUAGUAGUACCUUACUUGGACGACUGGUUAAUAAAGGCAGAUUGAAGAGGCAAUGUGGCCUAUACACUAGAAAUCCUGUAAGAAAAUGGUUGGAUUAUCAACCUAGAAAAAUCACCUGUUUCUAGGGUUUUUGAUCAAGUCAGACACUCUGUCGGUUCAUCUGACAAGAGAAAAGAGAUAAAGAUUUUAAUAAACCUUCUUCGGAUGUCAGAAUGUUCAGUGAGGAACGCCAUGCAGGUUUUAGGUUAUCUGACCUCAACAAUCCCGGCAGUAAAAUGUGCCAGAGCGGAAUCAAGGCCCUUACAGUGGGACAUUUUUGUCCAAUGGUCAAAGAAGGAAGAAGACUUGGAUGCAUUAAUGAGUAUAUCAGAUCAUACAAAAUAAAAAAUCUCUUGGUGGCUAAAGGAAAAAUUCAUUACAAUUCAUUACACCUCCUGUAUCACUUAAGAUAAGGUGUUUGGUAGAAAAAUGAAACAAAGGAAUCUUCAAAUUUCAAGGAGGUGUUAGCAGUACUCUACGCUCUUCAGCAGUUUAAGGAUUUCAUUGUAGGGAAAGCUGUAAAAAUCCAGUCGGACAAUUAGACUACAGUCUCCUACCUGAACAAACAAGGCGGUACAAGCGUAAAAAAAAAAUUGUAUUUCCUUUGCUCACGGAUUAUGUCCUGGGCUCAAAAUCAUCUAGACGACAUUUCAGCCAUUCACAUUCGUGGAAUAGACAACGUGGUAGCGGACGAUUUAAGCAGAUCAAAAUGGUCCCAGAACGAGUGGUCUCUCCAGUCCAGAAAUUUUCGCUCAGCUGGUGAAGAGAUUCGGUCUUCCUUAUAGACCUUAUGGCAAGAAGAUCAAAUGCAAAACUAAGAUAAUUUGCUUCCCUCUUCAAGGUAGACAGGCCGCUGGUAAUGGAUGGUCUUUCGAUCCGGUGGGAGUUUCCCCUUGCUUACAUUUUUCCCCAAGUAAGCCUUGUCCCAAGGAUUCUGCAAAAGGUAACAUCAGAUCAAGCUCAUAUUCUGGCCAUAAUACUGUACUGGCCUAACCGCAGCUGGUUCUCGGUUUUAAAGAAAAUUGCUUUAAAGUACUGGAUUCUCCCGGUAACACCGGAUCUUCUGGAAAAUGAGGGAAUUCCAGUAGAAGUAUUGAACAUGUUCAGGUUGACGGCUUGGCUGCUGCACGGCUAAUUCUGCAUAAUAGGGGCAUUAAAGAAGAGAGGUUUCAGUUACUGUUAAAUUCUACCAGGAGCUCUACCUCUUCUAUCUAAAAGAUUUGGACGAGAUUUCUUCACUGGUGCAUAUCCCAGGCCCUUUCUUCCUCUCCUGACUUUACAAAAUUUCUUCCGGAUAAAGUGGUUAUGUUCCCUAAGCCUUUCUUUCUUCCGAAACUCAUCUCCUCCAAGGUUAUCAACCAACCUAUUUUUCUUCUUUCCUUAAUGGUCCAUCUAUGCCAGAUUGGGAAUUUGAUCGGAGUUAACUAGAUGUUGGUAGGUCUCUGAAAAUCUACUUGGACCGCUCCUCCUCGUAUAGGAUGACUGAUCAUCUAUUCGUGAAUUUCUUUGGAAAAUUUAAAGGCCAAGUUGCCUCCAAGGCCACUUUGGCAAGAUGGCUGGUGGAUACUAUAAAGUUGGCUUAUUCUACCUAGAAUUUACCUCUGCCUGCCUCCUUGAAAGCACAUUCUACUAGAGCCAUGGCUGCCUCUUGGGCCAAAAAAGUGUGUGCCUCUCCGGAAGAUAUAUGCAAGGCGGCUACCUGGUCUUCUUUCAACACUUUCGCCAAACAUUACAGGCUACACGUAUUCUCUGCCUUUGACGCUGAUUUUGGGCACAAGGUGUUACAAGCUGUUAUUGCCUAAAUUUCCGCCCUUAGUCUGGGAUCUCGAUAUACUCUAUUGUACUGCCACCAUAUGUCAGGAAAAACUGUAAUUUUACUCACCGUUAAUUCCUUUUUCCUUAAUAUGGUGGCAGUACAUCACUCCCUCCCUUUAUGUAUAUAUUAAUUGUUUGGUGUUCUAUGGAUUCACUGAGGUGUUCAUGGUACGUACUGAGGUCCCAGGGCUGGUUUGGUCUCUCAUACCUGGUAAGGGGAGGAACGUUUUAUGUUAAUUAUUCAUUUCAGAUGCUUGUCCCAAGGGAAGAGUACAUCCCUAUUGUACUGCCACCAUAUUCAGGAAAAAGGAAUUUACGGUGAGUAAAAUUACACUUUUUCUCAUUUUCUCACUCGCUAGGUAGACUUUCUCAUUCUCUCUCACUCGCUAGGUAGACUUUCUCAUUCUCUCUCUCUCACUCGCUAGGUAGACUUUCUCAUUCUCUCUCACUCGCUAGGUAGACUUUCUCAUUCUCUCUCACUCGCUAGGUAGACUUUCUCAUUCUCUCUCACUCGCUAGGUAGACUUUCUCAUUCUCUCUCACUCGCUAGGUAGUCUUUCUCAUUCUCUCUCACUCGCUAGGUAGACUUUCUCAUUCUCUCUCACUCGCUAGGUAGACUUUCUCAUUCUCUCUCACUCGCUAGGUAGACUUUCAUUCUCUCUCACCUCGCUAGGUGUGACUUUCUCAUUCUCUCUCACGCUAGGUAGACUUUCUCAUUCUCUCUCACUUCAAGUAGGUAGACUUUCAUUCUCUCACUCUCGCUAGGUAGACUUUCUCAUUCUCUCUCUCACUGCUUAGGUAGACUUUCUCAUUCUCUCUCACCAAGUAGGUGUAGACUUUCUCAUUCUCUCUCUCACCUCGCUAGGUGACUCUUUCUCAUUCUCUCUCACUCGCUAGGUAGACUUUCAUUCCCUUCUCUCACUGCUAGGUAGACUUCUUCUAUUCUCUCUCACCGCUAGGCAGUCUUCUACUCUCUCACUCGCUAGGUAGACUUUCUCAUUCUCUCUCACUCGCUAGGUAGACUUUCUCAUUCUCUCUCACUCGCUAGGUAGACUUUCUCAUUCUCUCACUCGCUAGGUAGACUUUCUCAUUCUCUCACUCGCUAGGUAGACUUUCUCCAAAUCUCACUCGCUAGGUAGACUUUCUCAUUCUCUCAAUCAAUAGGGUAGAUGUUUUCAUUCUCUCACUCGCUAGGUAGACUUUCUCCAAAUCUCACUCGCUAGGUAGACUUUCUCCAAAUCUCACUCGCUAGGUAGACUUUCUCCAAAUCUCACUCGCUAGGUAGAUCUUUCUCCAAAUCUCACUGCUGUGUAGACUUUCUCCAAAUCUCACUCGCUAGGUAGACUUUCUCUCCCAAAUCUCACUCGCUAGGUGUGACUUUCAUUCUCUCUCUCACCGCUAGGUAGACUUUCUCAUUCUCUCUCUCUCUCACCGCUAGGGGUAGACUUUUCUGCCCUUCUCUCACUCGCUAGGUAGAUCUCUUCUGGCCUUUCUCUCACCGCUAGGUAGACUUUCAUUCUCUCACUGCUAGGUAGACUUUCUAUUCUCACUCAAGUAGACUUUUCUAGCCUUCCUACCAAGAAAUUCUCACUCUCUCUCACUCGCUAGGUAGACUUUCUCAUUCUCUCUCACUCGCUAGGUAGACUUUCUCAUUCUCUCAAUCAGUAGGGUAGAUGUUUUCAUUCACUCUCACAUUCAGUAGGUAGACUUUCUCAUUCAUUCUCUCUCUGUCUUUCUCACUCGCUAGGUAGACUUUCUCAUUCUCUCUCUGUCAAUAGGGUAGAUGUUGUCAUUAACUUUCUCAUUCAUUCUCUCUCACUUGGUAGGUAGACUUUCUCAUUCUCUCUCUCAAUCAAUAGGGUAGAUGUUCUCAUUCAGUAUGUAGACUCUCAUUCAUCCUCUCUCUGUCUCUCUCACUUGGUAGGUAGACUUUCUCAUUCUCUCUCUCAAUCAAUAGGGUAGAUGUUCUCAUUCACUCACAUUCAGUAGGUAGACUUUCUCAUUCAUCCUCUCUCUGUCUCUCUCACUCGCUAGGUAGACUUUCUCAUUCUCACUCACUCGCUAGGUAGACUUUCUCAUUCUCUCAAUCAGUAGGGUAGAUGUUCUCAUUCUCUCAAUCAGUAGGGUAGAUGUUCUCAUUCUCUCAAUCAGUAGGGUAGAUGUUCUCAUUCUCUCAAUCAGUAGGGUAGAUGUUCUCAUUCUCUCAAUCAGUAGGGUAGAUGUUCUCAUUCUCUCACUCGCUAGGUAGACUUUCGCAUUCUCUCUCACUCGCUAGGUAGACUUUCGCAUUCUCUCAAUCAAUAGGGUAGAUGUUCUCAUUCACUCACAUUCAGUAGGUAGACUUUCUCAUUCUCUCUCACUCGCUAGGUAGACUUUCGCAUUCUCUCAAUCAAUAGGGUAGAUGUUCUCAUUCACUCACAUUCAGUAGGUAGACUUUCUCAUUCAUCCUCUGUCUCUCUCACUUGGUAGGUAGACUUUCUCAUUCAUCCUCUCUCUGUCUCUCUCACUCUGUAGGUAGACUUUCUCAUUCUCUCAAUCAAUAGGGUAGAUGUUCUCAUUCUCACAUUCAGUAGGUAGACUUUCUCAUUCAUUCUCUCAUUCAGUAGUGUUCGAAUUUAGCUGUAUUGGGGUGAAACAAAUUAGCAAUGCUUUCAUUUCUGUAUAUCUCUUUUCUGUGUCUUUCUCCCACCCAUUCUCUCUCCCCCUUUUCUGAAUUUCUCCUGUCUUUCGCUCCCCUCAGGUUUUGCAUUGUAGCAUUAAAUCUGAUCCAAACCUUGUCUAAAUCUACUUCUAUGCACCUUAACCACUUCCUCUUCAGAUACAUUGUCUAUGAUGUUGCCCAAGUCCAUUUAAAAUACCUGCUGAAGCUGAAAUUCAACUACCGAGGGGGCAUGUUGUGGUGAUCACACAUUGUAUUGUGUAUACCAACCUACACUCUGAAUAUGCAUUGGAUCUGACCUAAUCAUUUGCAUUGAUGUCUCCUGCCUGGGAAACCAAUGAACUAUUGUCUGCAGAUACAAACUUUUACUUCCUCUUUUUGAAUCUGUGUCGGAGGGCUUCAAUCCAAGCCAUACCUUACUGACCCCAUAGGCAAUGCAAAGUAUAGGGUUUAUAAAGAAUGCUGUAUAAGGUUUGUGUAUUCAAAGAAUAUAUACAGUUACAUUAUAGCAGUCUAUUCCAGUUUGAGCUGUCCGAUCCCUGUUUGUUUGGAACCUAAUGUGACAAAUAGUCCUUAACUUUAAAAAGUUGACCAGUUGGCUUUUGAAAAAAAAAAAUUCUACCGUUCUGUUCGAUCCGUUCUUCCAAAUUUCUUUCAAAUGUUAAACAACCGUUUAUUUUCAGUUUAAAAAAAAAAAAAUAUAUAUAAAAAAACAAAAAAAAAAAACUUUCUUACCGGUGAUACCAUGUUACCUAUUUUGUACAGAUUUUUAUUUGUUUUUCGUUGGUGUUUUUCUUUGUUUUUGGGGUUUGUUUGUUUGUUUUUUAACCAAUGGAUUUAUUUACUUAACUGUGAAUUGUGGUGGACUGAAUAUGGCUACAUUUAUACCAGUAUGGCAUAGUUGGAAAAAAAUGUUUCCUAUUUUAGGGUUAGUGUUUACAAUUUGAUUUAGGUCAUCACAAUUCACGUAGGAUUAUUUACUAAACUGGGAAUUAUCAGCAAUUCUCAAAGUAUUGCAAAGUUAAAUCCAAAAUAUGCGAGGUGGAUGACCAAUUGACGGUAUAGUGAAUAUCCCUGAAAGGUUAGUGAAUACAAUUGAUCGGCUGUGAACAGCAUGUUGCUUUUGCUGUACUAAGAUAAAGGUUGCUCUGCAAUUGGAGAGUUAAAUGUUAGAAUACGGUGUAUAGAACAUUCUAGAAGGCAUGGUAUGUUUGCGCACCUCUUAGAUCAGAAUAAAAUAAAUGCACUCAGCCCUUUAACUGAUUCUGUGCCUUACUUUUACUGUGGAAUAUGCACAAUGUUUGCUUGACAUUUUUUAGCAUGGACAACCUCUGAAAAUUGCUGAGCAUUUAC